AGUAUUCAGUAUAACCGCGGGCGAUCUUCUAAAAAUAUACCGGCUACAUCCCUGGGACCUAUAAAAGACACCUACGGCACCACUGAAGAAGGUAGACGCGAGUUCCAAGUGGCAAACGACGCAUAAGGUGGAGGUUAUUGGAAGUUCAGUUCUGCAAAUAUGAUCAAAGAAAUCCUAAUCGUUCUGGCAGCCCUUCUAACGCUAUAUGCCGCAGAAGAACUAAAAACACCGGAAGAACCCCCUGCACCCGCUCCACUUCCGGUCCAAACCCUGGAAGAAACCCCUGCUGAUGCACCAACCGCUGGUGAAGAUCUCGACCCUGCUGCUAGUGCAUGGGGUGGUUGGGGUGGAAGAGGAUAUGGAGGCGGUAGAGGCUACGGAGGCGGAUGGGGAUACGGUGGAGGCUGGAACAGAGGCUGGGGAGGCGGCUAUGGCGGUUAUAGAGGCGGAUGGGGAGGUGGAUGGGGAGGCCGUGGAGGCUAUUGGGGAUAAUGUGCUGUCACUCAUAACUUUAUAAGUAAAAACAUUUUUUUAUGUAGA